GAGCAUCUCAUUUCAAUGGAUGAGAGUACUCUCCAGAAGAUUUUUUCCGAAGAUGCUUUUCUUGGUGACCUUCUUCUCUUCAGAGUUAACUUGAAAGAAUGGAGAACACGAAAUAAAGUAAGUCUUUUUGAAAUUAUUAACAAAAAUUUUGAAAAACAUAACCUCUUUUCAUUUUAGGUUCCGGAUAACUAGAAUGUUGAAAGCACAAAUCGCAGCAAAUUGGUUUUACAUGAUCUGCUGCAAACUAAUGUAAAGGGAAAUAUCAUCCUCAAGAAGUCUGGCAGUGGGAGGUUACUAUCCCAGAGAGAAAGAAAUGACUUGUCAGGCUUGAUAAUCGAAGAACAUCUAAAGUAUUCUCCUAAAAUCUCCCCGAGAACUCUAAAGAAAUACGCGAGGGAAAUAAAAGAAUUGUUUCCAUCAGAAGAUGAAGAGGUGUACUAUAAAGCACGACCCCCAAAUUCCAAGCAAAAUCCAACGGGGAAACUGUACAACAAGUAUAAAAACACUGUAAGGAAAUACAAGGUUCACAACGAAACAUCUACAGAAGACAAUGUUGGUCCUGAGAUAAACGAAGAACCAGUCAGUUCAGAUGCAUUCAUGGACGACAUUGGCUGGCUCCAGGAGCAUGAUGAACCUUGGAGUGAUGUUGUAAACAAAUGGCAAGCAACAUUCAUCUGGAGGAUCAACGAAAUGCAAGAACAAAGAGAUGCGGCUUCACUCAACACCUUUUUGAAUAAAUGGCCUGCAUUGAAUGUAUGCAGAAGUUUCGAAUUGAUUGACCUCGAUUUCAAAACAAUGUUUCCGGAUAUUGAAGAAACAUCACCAGAUAAGUUCAAAGAAAUGAAGGAAAAGCUUUUGCCUAUCUUUAAUCUUGACAUCAAAGAUAAGUUCAACAAAGGACUUCUUGGAAAACUUUCAGCUUCAAAUAACGAAGAUUCUCAAAUCUGCAUAAUGAGUAUGCUCAUAAACGCUUUGAUUAUUCCGAAUCGAGAACCAGGCAAUAAGAAACCAUCCAUCAGUGCAGCUCAACAAGAGAUGAUUGUUAGACUGCCAUCUUCCCGAGAUUUGGAGGCCUUUCGAAAUGAAACUACCGGCACUGAUAUCAAGAUCAUCGUAAUUGGUGAAACUUUGACGGAUCUAACUGACUUUUAUGUUAAUUGUGGGGCAAUACUUUUCAAAACGCCAUCGAUGUCUAAGGCACUGGAUAUUGGUAUAAAGUUGAGUAUAAUGUUUACGAUUGGGUACUCUCGCAAAUGUAAGUUCGCUUGGGAGCUAUUGGAAGCCUAUUACUUCGGUUCAUUGUCUACAAGGACAUUUGAUCCAAAAGUUCAAAACGUUCUGAAUAAGCUCAGUUGAACAAAAUGUAUCUGACUUGCUUCAUUUGCAGAACCCAAUUUAAAGAAUGUACUCAACUUUUAACCCACCUAAGAAAGGCCCACAAAACACCCACCGAAUAUGAAUACAGAUGUAUGGAGCAAGAUUGUAAGCAAAUUUACCAAAGCUUUUUUGCGUAUAGAACUCAUAUAAAACAACAUGAUAACAAAAGACGACACAAAAAAACAAGACUACCAAUAAGAGCAUCUGAAAUAGAGUCAUUAGACGACUCACAUCAACAUUUAAUCUUACCAUCUUCUUCAUAUUCAGUUUCUCAGCCAGAAUCUUUUUGUUCUAAGGAAGUGCAACACAAUUUUGAAAACACGAACCUUAAAUUCACUUUAUCAUUACAUUCCAAGUCGAAUAUCACAAGAAAAAAUGUAAUUUUCAUUCAAAACGAAUUGAGAAAUAAUGUUACAAUACCAAUUGCUUCAGAUUUAAAAUCCUUCGUUCCUCAUAUAUCUGAUAACAAAAAGUAUGAAUUUGAAUCCUACAUUUCUAAAAUAGAAAAUGCUUUUGAAGACACUAGAACUGAUUACAGAUUUUUAAAAAGACUAGAACAACUUUCUCUUUACAAAAAGCCAAUUAACUUUUGUUCAAAUGGGGAAAUUAAAGACGAUGAAUUAAAUUCGAAUUUGGCUGAUAUAGAUAACUUUAAAGGCAGUCUUUAUGACAUGAAAUUUCAACUUAAGACUUAUUUCGAAUGCGGAGAUAAUUUGAAGGUAACUUUGAGUAAUAUUGAAGAUUUAAAAAAAUCAAAGAACUUCAAUCAUUUCAUAAAUUCUUACUAUUGGAUUAGUAAAUUGCGACAUUUUGGUAAUAAAAUAGUUUUUCCGCUCUUUCUCUACGCUGACGCUUUCGAAAUUAACAAUAAUCAAGGAACACAUCGCGAACAAAUAUGUGGAAUUUAUUAUACUGUUCCAGUCAUUCCGAAAUACUGCCUAAGUUCACUAAACAAUAUUCUAGUAGCGGGAUUCAUUAAAGCUAAAGAUUUAAAAAAUUAUGGAAACCACAUUUGUCUUCAAAAGCUGAUAGAAAUAUUAAAGAGUUUAGAAACAGAUGGUAUUGAGAUAAGUACACAGAAUAAAACUAUACGAAUUUACUUUUCAUUAGGACAAGUAUUAGGUGAUAAUCUUGCGUUAAAGGAAAUAUUGGGCUACUCUCAGUCGUUUAGAAUCGAUAUGUUUUGUAGAUUUUGCAUUAUGAAAAGGGAAGAAACAGAAAUUGCAACGAAAGAAAAUAAAAGUAAAUUACGAGAUCGUUCAAAUUAUAACCAAUGUGUAAAUCAAGGGACUACCAAAGCAUAUGGAAUUAAAGAAGAUUCGAUCUUUAACUCGCUGAAUACGUAUCAUGUGACAGAUAAUAUUUCAACAGAUAUUAUGCAUGAUGUAUAUCUUGGCGUUUGCAAAUAUGACCUGUGUCAUAUUCUCAGAUAUUUCAUUUUUGAGAAAAAAUAUUUCACCCUUGCACAACUCAAUGAAAGGAAGCAAAAUUUUUCUUAUGGCGAUUACUUUUCAAACAAUCAAAGCCCACCAAUUAAAGAAAGUGAUAUUCGGAAUAAAAAAAAGAGUGCCCUGAAGAUGAAUGCUGCAGAGGUGAAAACCUUUCUUCACUUCUUGUUGUUAAUGAUUGGAGAUUACGUAAUAAUGUCCGAUCCGGUCUUUCAAUUUCUUUUAGUUUUGAUUAAAAUGAUUGACAUUAUGCAUCUACCACACUUUGAUGAACCCACUUUAGAAAUAUUAGGGAGUCUAAUUUCCGAUCACAAUGAAAUGUACAUUAAAUUGUUUGAUGACACGCUUAAGCCGAAACAUCAUCACUUGAUUCACUAUAUCAAUAUUAUAAGAAAUUGUGGACCUCUAACUGAUCUUUGGUGUUUUCGCUUCGAAUCAAAACACCAAGGAUUCAAAAGGUACGCUCAAGAUAUUUCAUCACGAGUUAAUAUCUGUUAUAGUUUAACUCUAAAAGCUGGAUUGAUGUUUGCAAAUUUGCUUUUGAACGAUUCUCUAUUUGGUGAAGAUAUUGAAUAUGUAGUGCAUAAAGAGAUAAGUAUGAAAAAUGAAAGUUACUUUGAGAUUUUGCCAGAUUCUUUCAAAAAGGAUGACAAGAUUCAAACUGUGAGAAAAUUAGUGUAUAAAAAUUUUAGAUAUAAUAUUGAUGAUUUCAUUUGUGUUCAAAAGAAGCUGUACAAAAUUGUCGAAAUGAUCUGUAAGGAAAAGAAAUGUUUUUUUAUAUGCCGCUCUGUUAAAGCCACAUUUGUGCAAAAGUUCCAAGCAUAUAAACUAUUAGAAGAAAAAGAAGAUUUUUAUGUGUUCGAACCAGAGGGCAUUAAUUACUCGUCAGAAGGAAAAUAUGUACAAGAUAAUGUUUAUAUUAGAUUUAUUUAAAAAUUAAUGGUAAUAAACUAUAUAUGUAAAAGUGCAUCAAUUGUUUUUCAAUGGGCAAAAAAUGGUGUUUUUAUUAAAAGGUGUAAAAUUUAAUACGAAAGAGUAAAAAUUAAUCUUUUUUCGAUUUAUCCGAAAAGAGUAAGUUUUAGU